CAACCCAUCACCAUCAUGUUGGUAAGUAAGGGAGACUAGUCGCUGUUCACUUGACUGGGAGCGCUCACAAGCACUCUCGGCGUCAACGCUCGCAAGCACGUGUCCCAUCAUCAUGUUAGUAGCCUGACUUGCUGUGUACCACCACUCUGCUCUGUCUGCGCACCUCAAACCCUUCCCAAAUUCGCUAGCUUUACUUGGGAUCUAAUAUAAGUAUAACCUAUUCAUGUCACAAGCAUCAGGCACCGACGACGCCGAGGAUCAGCUUAGUUACAACGCUGAGCAGCCUCCCCUGCAAAUUGACGCCGAAGGAUUCAUCGAAGAGGAGGAGAUAUAUUUUCCUUUGGCGAAGCUGCCACCAGGGAUCUCGAAUGCUGGGCCUUCACAGCCGUCAGGACCUCACGUACAAGGAAGCACACCCAAUGUUCCACCAGUCGGCGAUUUAGCUCCCGAGGGGGGAAAGGUCGUGGCGGACAAGGACCAGCCAACUCUAAGCGAAUUAGCAAAUGUCAUGAAGCAGGUAUUGGACAUUCUCCAGGACUCCACGAUUGCGUCGAAGAUCGGAAAGGACAAACGGUCUCGUUUCUGGGGGGUGUACAAACGAGUCGCAGAGGAACACGACGGCGAGUUCCUUGAGCGAUACACCACUGACAUGGACAUUGUCUUGAUCUUCUCUGGUCUUUUCUCGGCUGUCAGCACGGGUUUCAUCGUCGCGAUGGAGUCCAAUCUCAAUCACGACCCCAGCGACACGACGAAUGCCCUUUUGAAGCAAAUCGUGCAGAUCGGACUCGGCAACCUCGCUGAGGCGGGCACCGCUCCCGUAGACCCAGGAUCUACGUGGUCGCCAUCCGCGUUGGCUGUGAGGAUCCAGUUGGUCGCAUACGCAAGCUUGUCCAUGAGCUUGCUCGCUGCAUUCGGGGCCGUGCUGGGCAAGCAGUGGCUCGGGUACUACAAGUCGAACAGAUAUGGCCGCGGCUCGGAGGAGGAACGAGGCAAGCGCAGGCAAGAGAAGUUCGACGGCAUUGUCACAUGGUAUUUCGACGCUGUCGUGCAAUGUUUUCCUGUCAUACUUCAGAUCUCCCUUCUUCUUUUUGGAAUCGCUCUCGGAGCCAAUAUGUGGUACGAGCAGCGGAGCAUCGCCUGGGUCAUCAUCGCAACGACGGUCUUCGGAUUUCUAUUCUAUUCCCUGACGGUGAUGGCAUGUUUAAUGUCUCCUGC